AUGGGGAGUUGUCUAGAAGAUUACCGGCGGUCGACGGUGAAGGAGAUAGCUGAAGGGACGAUCACAGUGAGAGAUCGAGAGAGAAAUUGGUUCAGAGGCACCACUGCAAAAGAUGGUCGUCGGUACCUGUUUGCUGGGUUAAAACCCUAUACCGACGACGUGUCGUUGGCCCUGCACUUUCAAACUUACAAUUUCUUGCAGCGAAAGAAAGACCAAACAUCGAAACCUUCUUCAACAAUGGCAUCAAAUGGCAAUUUACAAGUUCUUAAAGCACUUGACGGAGCAAAAACUCAAUGGUACCAUUUUACUACAAUCAUAAUCGCCGGAAUGGGGUUUUUCACGGAUGCUUACGACCUUUUCUGCAUCUCCUUGGUGACGAAGAUGCUGGGCCGGAUUUACUACCACACCCCAGGCUCUCCGAAGCCCGGAAGUUUACCUCCGAAUGUGUCUGCUGCCGUGAACGGUGUUGCCCUAGUCGGAACCCUUGCCGGACAACUCUUUUUUGGAUGGCUCGGUGAUAAACUAGGAAGGAAGAAGGUCUAUGGCAUUACACUCAUGCUCAUGUGUGUCUGUUCGAUAGCUUCGGGUUUGUCAUUCGGUAGUGAUCCCAAGAUGGUAAUGUCUACUCUUUGCUUCUUCCGGUUCUGGCUUGGAUUCGGGAUCGGUGGUGAUUACCCACUCUCUGCUACCAUCAUGUCGGAGUAUUCAAACAAGAAAACACGAGGAGGUUUUAUCGCCGCCGUGUUUGCAAUGCAAGGUUUUGGGAUUUUAGGCGGCGGGGUGUUUGCUAUUAUUCUGUCUUCGAUUUUUGAUGCCAAGUUCAAAGCUCCGUCGUAUGAGGUUGAUCCGAUUGGGUCCACAGUUCCGGAGGCGGAUUACGUAUGGCGGAUUAUUCUGAUGGUCGGAGCCGUACCAGCGAUUUUGACUUAUUACUGGAGAACAAAGAUGCCGGAAACCGCCCGUUACACCGCCCUGGUAGCCAAAAACGCUAAUCAAGCUGCCAUGGAUAUGUCCAAAGUGUUGCAAAUGGAGAUUCAGUCAGAACAAAAUAAGGUGAUGGAGGGAUCCAACAACAGUUUUGGUCUUUUCAGCAAGGAAUUCCUCCAGCGAUACGGGAAGGCUUUGCUCGGAACAACAAGCACCUGGUUCUUACUUGAUAUUGCGUAUUACAGUCAGAAUUUAUUUCAAAAGGACAUAUUCAGUGCCAUUGGUUGGAUCCCUGCAGCAAAGAAGAUGAACGCCAUUCACGAAGUUUACACAAUUGCUAGAGCUCAAACAUUAAUUGCGUUAUGCAGCACUGUACCUGGAUACUGGUUCACGGUUUUUUUGAUCGACAAGAUGGGACGUUUCAAAAUCCAGCUACUCGGAUUCUCAAUGAUGACAAUCUUCAUGUUUGCGUUGGCAUUCCCUUACAACCACUGGAUUAAACCAGGAAACAACAUCGGAUUCUUGGUGAUGUACUCGUUAACCUUCUUCUUCGCCAACUUCGGUCCAAAUGCCACCACAUUUGUCGUCCCUGCUGAGAUCUUUCCGGCGAGACUGCGGUCCACUUGCCAUGGGAUCUCAGCUGCAUCAGGGAAACUCGGUGCAAUCGUGGGUGCUUUCGGGUUCUUAUACCUGGCUCAGAAUCAAGAUCCGGCGAAGGCUGAUGCAGGAUAUCCGGCGGGGAUAGGUGUGAAGAACGCGCUGAUAGUGUUGGGUGUGAUCAAUUUUUUGGGAACUUUAUGCACGCUUUUGGUACCAGAAUCAAAAGGGAAGUCACUCGAGGAAAUGUCAGGGGAGAAUGAAGAGCAACAACCCAAUGUUGGGGAAGUGUAA